CGCAGGAAAAUACACAACUGAAUUUAUUUCAUUUUCAGACUCAGCAGUUAGUGACAGAAUUAAAGGAAACUUUUAAAGAUCCUGGAAGGAAUUAUUUUAAUAAUCAGAUCAAUAAUCAAACCAAAUUUAUUUUAAAACUUAAAACCAGAAAAGAAAUUAAAGCAGUAAAUGUUGACAGCUGGUUUCAUCUGAUCAGAGCGAGAGCAGCAGGUCAGAGGAUCAGUGAUUGAUACCUGACAGAGGACUGAUUGAUUGAUCGAUUGAUCGGAGGAAGAGGAUGUGGGUGUGGCGCAGCGUCCUGUGUGUGUCUCUGGUCUGCGGUCUGGCUCUGGACUCCAACACCAUCAGAUCCUCCAAAGAGACGACGCAGCAGAGCUCCGAGCUGCAGGAUCGUUCCCAUGGCGACCAGGUGGAGCGUCCUGCACGGCGCCGGACAGAGACGACGUCCAACUCCAACCGAGGACAAACACCUGCGUGUUCUACACCGGACUGUAACGCACCUGCGACGGGAGGCUGCAGUAACAGAGCUCAGAGGAGACCGUCCUCGCAGGACAGACAGGUGGACAGACAAGUGGACAGAGAGGUGGACAGAGAGACGGAUGGACAGAUUAACACGGACGGCUUCAACAGGACAAAAGCUCCAGAGAUGUCGAGCUGUGUGCGCUCAGGCGACUGUGCGGCCGGUCUGUGCUGCGUCCGUUACCUGACGGGUAAACGGUGUCAGAGGAUCCCGGUGGAGGGCGAGGCCUGUCUGCUGCGGGGCUCCUCCAAGCAGAGGAGGAAGCUGGGACGCUGCGACUGUGACACCGGGCUGUCCUGCACCGCCGAGUCAGGGAAGGCCAAGGGCCAGGGGGUGUGUCGGCCCCGCCAGGGUCAGAGCCAGAGGCAAACAAGGCAUUCUGGGAAGAAGCGUAGGACGGCGGAGACGAGCUGCUGACGCGUUCUUUAUAAACUCUGUAGCUUCUGUUUGCGUUAAUUUAAAGUUUGGUUCAGUUCGUAGGAAAAUGUUGCUGUGAUGAACGUUUGUAAGAGGAGCCCCUCAGUGGCCCCACACUGAGGUCUGGGGCCCCUCAGUGGCCCCACACUGAGGUCUGGGGCCCCUCGGUGAUUCAGUCCAGUCUCCAGAACACAAUGUUGGCAGUGUACGUCUCUGCAAACCACAGAUACAUCACAUCUGUAUGUUUCCCACAUAUUUCUAAAGUGACACAGUGACUCUGUAUCAGCAGGUGGAGGGAUGGUGUGACACCUCAGUGAAACGCCUGCUGUAACGUAACCACGUGUGUGUGUCGGCUAAACGUAACCACGUGUGUGUUGUUGAAGGAAAAAACAUCAGUUGGUGGUGUUGUACCAACAUAGUGCUUUUAUUUUGAAAGAGACUGUAUGCAAACUGUACAUUUCCUGUGAAAACAGAAGUGUAUUUUGAAAGCAGACAAUGCAUGUAACAGGCUGAAGUUGACACGGCGUCCCAGGACUUCAACAACCAACACACCCAGGGUACCUUGGACGCCAUAUGUGGACGUGGAAAGUCCAUGACCAAACGUGGACAUGUGACGAGGUCACAGUGAGGAUGUGAUGUAUACGGCUGCUAAAGGGUGUCUCUGUGCGUCAGUGUGUGCUGCUGAGGUCCACUGACGCAGCGUUUUUUGUAUCUAAAUUUAACCCCAUUUCAGCCACAGCACAGUUGAAACAUAUCUGAUGUGACGUACAGAUGAUUUACAGACACGUACGAUGCCAACAUGGAUCCUGGUGACGAGGCUGCAGCGACACCUUUGAUUAAAUGUUUCCACCAUUAUUGUGAGUUUAGUCAA